AUUGAGAAAGUAUUUAAAUUCACACACACUUCAGAUCCUUAUCACAUCACCCAACAGAGGCAAGGUCCAAACCACCGUGACCUCGCCGUCGGCGAGGCCUACCGUAGCCAUGGGCUCCGAUGCCGACCCUCUCGCCAUCCUCAGCAAGCUGCAGUUUCUCGGCUUCUGCGCCGAUCUUAACAUCCCCGACGCCGAAUCCGCCGACCCUUCCGAGGUUUUCGACGCCGUCCUCGCCGCUUUCCUGCGCGAGGUCUACCCCGGAGAGCGCGAGGCGCGUCCGAUCCCGGCGACCCUCGGCGAUGGGCGCCGCGUAGACCUCCUCCGCCUCUUCGCCGCCGUCCGCGCCGGCGGCGGCUACGCCUCCGCGGCGUCCUCCACCGGCGCUUGGGCCGCCGCCACCAAAUCGGCCGGCCUCGACGCCGCCCCCGCGGCGCCCGUCAAGCUGCUCUACGCCAAGUACCUCGGCGCCCUAGACCGCUGGAUCCAGAGGCUCCUGGAAGCGCAACCACCGUCAGGAAGGACGAAUCAAGAGCUGUCCUUUGAUGCCAAUGGGAGGGAGGACUGCAAUGGCAGGGAUCAGCGGCAUGUCGUGCAGAAGAGGAAGAGAGAGGACAUGGUUGGGAUGCUUGGUUGGGUGAGGGGGCUUGCGGAGAAUGUCCAGGAGGACGGCACCGUCGCUGCCGGAUUCACAUAUGGAUACUUCUCAAUGGUGUUGGCGGUGCGGGAGGCGGUGUCCAGGAAGAGGGCUCGCCGCCCAAGCAUAACGAAUGGCACGCUUUUGCAGGAAAUGGGUUGCAAGUGCUGCAUGAGUACCAAUGGUGCCAGAAUUGAUGCCCAAUGCAGUAAAAAGCUGAUUCGACAUCAUGGUUUGGAUACUAAUGAAUUAACAACUGUUGUAGAAAAUAUUAAUGGAACCUCAAUGGUCAUGGAACAGGAGAGAAAUCCGAACGGACAAAAGAGGAAUAAAGUACCAGUGGGCUCCAAUUAUCAAGCACAGGUUCCACAGUGGACCGGUGUUCUGCCUGAAAAUUACGAUGAUCCGGAAACCUUGAAAUGGUUGGGCACAGAAGUCUGGCCUAUUGAAGGCGAGAACAGAAAAGCGCCAUCUUUCUGUGACCCAAUUGGCAGAGGUAGAGAUGAUUUUUGCAGCUGCAACCUUCCGAGAUCGGUAGAAUGUGUUAGGUUUCAUAUUGCAGAAAGGCGAUUUAAGCUGAGACGUGAACUUGGUUCUGCUUUCUAUGCAUGUGGAUUUGAUCGUAUGGGUGAGGAGGUUGCUCUUUCUUGGACAGAUGAAGAGGAGGCAAAAUUCAGAGAUGUAAUGCAAAUCAACGCAUCAUCUUCGGGAAGGAAUUUAUGGAACCGUCUCCUCUCGUCCUUUCGCUUAAAGCGAAACAAAGAACUUGUGAGCUAUUAUUUUAAUUGUUUUUUACUUAGGCGUAGGUGUUACCAGAAUAGGAUUACACCAAAGAAGAUAGAUAGUGAUGACGAGGAGGAGACAGAAUUUAGACUUUUGGGCAACCGUCUUGGACAAAGUGCAACCAAGUAUCAUAGUACGAAACAUACCGUGUGCAUUCAAAGUACACACUGCAUGGAUCUUGACCAGUAGUUGCUGAUCACAUUUUAGGAGGCUGAUUGAAGUUUCGCAAUUCAAUCAAUGAACUGAUAAAUGUUUCCAGUCGUUGAUUUGGUUAUGCUCAUGACAUUGCGCCUGUGUUGCUGUGGACCGAGCUUUAGAACAGGUUUCUUACUGUUUUUGAGCCUGAUCAGCGAUCAAAGUGUUGAACUGGUCUAUGAGCACUCACAUAUGCUUAUAUCGAGAAAAUGAAAAAUGCACUGGUAUAACAGCAUUUUCAUCACUGCUUCCUGAAAGUUGUCAUCAGGUGUACCUGCUUUUUUUUUUCUUUGUGGAUUUUCCCUUUCGGUUAUAAUUCUCUAGAGUGACAGAAUAAAAAGAGCAUGUGUAUAUUUAUAGGUGAGUCUUCUGAAACUAGUGCUGCAAUGUUCUUUGUAGAAUCAACGUGUAUAUUAUUUUAAUUUCUUUGUGAGUUUGUUGGUU